UAAUUCCUGCGUUUACGUUAGUCACCUGAGCUGAGAUUAAUCAUGUAACUUCGCACUGUGACAAGAUUUUUACCUUCGCCGCGUGUCCCAGUUCGUGCUAUGCGAUCGUGACUGAACUUAGGAUUUCGUUGUACGUGUCAUUGCAGCUUAAUUUCAGUCAUGUUUCGCAGUUUAGGAGCCGUCGUUUUUGUCUGGUUUGUACUUACGCUUUGGCUUAGUACAUCUGGAGCCUCCUGUACGUACGAUUACGAGACCAAGUACUAUGACCAGAUCAUCGACCACUUUAACUUUGCAAGCCAUGACAACAAAACAUAUAAACAGCGAUACUUGGUAUCAGACAAACACUGGAAGGUUGGGAAAGGACCCAUUUUCUUCUACACCGGCAAUGAAGGGCCGAUUAACAUGUUCUUGGAGAACACCGGCUUUAUGUAUGACAUUGCACCGGAGUUCAGUGCCCUCCUCAUUUUUGCUGAACAUCGAUUUUAUGGAGAGUCCUUACCGUUUGGUAAUCAGUCCUUCACUCCAGAGAACUUGGGACUGCUGACCGUCGAGCAGGCCUUGGCAGACUAUGCUGGCCUCAUCGUGUACCUCAAGGAGAGCCUCAAGUGUCCUGCCUGUAGGGUUGUGACAUUUGGGGGAAGUUACGGGGGCAUGCUCAGUGCGUACAUGCGGUUCAAAUACCCCAAUGUGGUGGAUGGGGCAAUAGCAUCUAGUGCACCCAUAUACUCUGUGGCAGGGCAAGGAUCUCAGACGUACUUCUUUGCUGAUGUGACAAAGGCAUUUGAAAGUGUACCUUCCAUUGGCCCUGACUGCGUGACAACUGUGAAAAAUGCAUUCAUUCAAAUGAACAAGCUUGCUGACGACGGAAAAGAAGGUCUGAGCAACAUUUCAUCAACAUUUAAGCUAUGCAAAUCCCUGACUAGCAAGAGCCAGAUAGCACACCUGCAAGGCUGGGUCCGCAACGCCUUCACCAGCAUGGCCAUGUCCAACUACCCCUAUGCCACGAGCUUCCUGGGCCAACUACCUGCUUGGCCAGUUAACGUCUCUUGUGGUCUUAUUGUGAAAGCACAAUCCUCAAAUCCUAUGCAAGGGCUGGCUGAAGCAGCAAUUUUAUUCUACAAUGGCACUGAUGGCAAGCUGAAGUGUAUGGACCCUGACUUGGAGUAUAUUGAAUGUGCUGACCCAACUGGCUGCGGCCUUGGGAACAAUGCAAAAGCAUGGGAUUGGCAGGCUUGUACUGAGAUAACUAUGCCAGAGGGCUCCAACAACGUUACCGACAUGUUCCCUGCGCUGCCACUCACAGAGCAAAUUAGGGAAGCCUACUGCAGCCAGAAGUGGAAGGUUACUCCAAAGCCAACCUGGCUAAAUAUCAUCAUGUGGGGGAAAGACAUAAAGGCUGCAUCCAAUAUUGUCUUCUGCAAUGGGGCGUUGGAUCCCUGGCGAGACGGAGGCGUGCUCGUCAACCCAGAUCCUGCAGAUUUAGAUGUGUGCUUGAUCUAUGAGGGGGCCCAUCAUCUAGAUCUCAGGGGAGAGAACGAAGCUGACCCAAUCUAUGUGAAGAAUGCAAGAAAGCUACAUAGAAGAAGGAUCAGUUGCUGGAUAAAGGAAUGAAAAUCGAUGGUGCGAUUAUUCCUCCUGCCUGCUGUGUUCAUUUCAAUCUGUUACACAGAUGAGCUGAAAUUUAUUUUAUUAUGUAUCUUUACAUUGAGGAUAAAGAAAUGUGUAUGAAAGUUAUGCUAAAUGGAGGGUUUCACAGUAGAAACCACCCCAAUUGGUGGAUCAAGUGGGAACGGGCUGCAACACUGAUGUAACAUCCCAGUUUAUGUGUAAGAAUCAAAUUAUAGGGUGUUUAUUGUUGGUCUGCUUACAGUUGACAGAGACUUAUUUUAAUUUACGUUCAGUCAAAACAGAUCCAUGUCUCAGUGGUACUUUGAACUGCACAUCUUCAGGAUACUUUGUGGCCAGUUCAAGGAAGCAUCGGAUUUAUAUGUAAAAUCUUGAGAUUAAUUCUGUUGAAUGGAGGUAUUGAAAGGGGUCUUUGGCAGGAAUGCCAUACAGUAUUUAAAUUUUACGCAAUGAAUUAUUUUAUGAACUGGUUUUGUAAUAUACUCUCUUCGUGUAGAAGAGUUGAAAAACCACUCAGAUACGGCUCUGUAACUUAAGAGAGUUGAGGUUAAUUAACCACAAGUGCCUUUUCCUAUUUGCCAGAGUAAAACUCCACUCCAAAAGAGUAGAAAAAUACUUAAAAAGAUGUUUCUCCAUUUAAAAUGACUUGUAAUCCUUAAAAUUUCAAAAGUCUAUUUAUUGCAUACACAAGUGUUAUCAUAUUGUUUCACUAUCAGUCACAUUAUCAGUUACAUUCCAUUGGCAGUUUAUGUUGCCGUUCAUGCCAGUGUGUAUAAUUAGUAGACUUUGAUUACCGUGUUCACGGAAAUAUCAGGCCGCAAACACUUGGGUAAGUCCUAAGACUAUAUGCUCAAACGUCUCAUUUAGGCCCAAGUUAAACGCAGAUGACAAAAUUAGACAACUCCUUUCUGCAAAAUAUUAAAUUAGGAAGCUGGUCACAACUACAGCAAGUUUAUGGUUUGUAGUACAUGUAUUAACAAGUGAAGGCCACAUUUGGUUCUCGAA